CGUACAGAGUUUUUGCAGCCGUUCAGUAGUCAACGCAACAUAAAAGAUCGAAACAAUAACGGAGUGGAUCACUAAACCAAACAAGAAGAUCACCAAACGCUAGUCAGCUGGUCCAGACAAACCAACUUAACAAACAAACAUACAUACAUAAAUAUGUGCCUAGAUUAAUUUUGCGUAGUGCCUUCGGAGUAUUUAAUACAUCCGUAGAAGCUAAUAUACUUAUAAAUAUAUACAAAUAAGUAUCUACAUACUAAUUUGUGUUCUAUCAGAGUAAAAACUCAUUUGACGUCGAGACGCCGUAAAAGUGUCUAUUUUUGUUAAAAAUAAAUUUCUGCAAGUAAAAAAUCGCUAAGGUCGCAGAAAUUUUUACCGAAUUGAGUUAAAAUAUUUUCGCUGAGCGGAAAACAUUCGCGGAAAAUUUAUUAUUUGAUUUCAAGAGUUACAUUCAUGCUUUGCCUACGUCAGCAGACAAAUUAUGCAAAUUUACGAAAGGUCAGCCACGAAAAAUAGUAAAAAAGAUUUCGAACAACACUUGACAAAAUUAUUAACACUUAAAACACAAAAGACUUCAUUGAUCAUUAAUGAAAGAAGUUUCGUGAGUGUUGGUAAAUUGAUCAAGUUAAUUGUUGGUUGAAAAACUUAGAGUCUCAGUGUAGCUGAACGGGGCAAGUACAGUGAUAUUGGCGUAGAUAUUCGACAUAAUCCUAUUUUCUAUUGUAUUUGCUCCAAUAUCUUAAUAAGGUCGGAUUUUAAUCUCAACCCAAAGAUAGGUCAAAUAAACUCCAAAAAAUGGUUGGUGUUGCUGCCGGCUCCAACGAGCACAGUAUGUCGUCGACGAAGAAUCCUAUGAUUAAGUAUAUGCUGAAAACACGCGAGAAUCAUGCACGUAGUCAGAAAUACGACUACUCCCAUGUCUUUCGUCGUAAGACACGUUUCGAAAUGUUCCGACUGUCCGUCAUUGCGAUGGCCAUUGAGUUCGCCUAUGCUGCAGAAACGUCUUUCGUUUCGCCGAUAUUGUUACAAAUAGGCAUUGACCACAAACUCAUGACUAUGGCUUGGGGUGUUUCGCCGAUAAUCGGUUUCUUUAUCUCACCGCUAUUAGGUUCGCUAAGUGAUCGUUGUACACUUAAUUGGGGAAGACGUCGACCGAUUAUUACUUUCCUGUCGGUGGGUAUAUUACUUGGUUUGAUAUUGGUACCAUGGGGAAAAGAUCUUGGGAUAUUAUUGGGUGAUAUCGGCUAUAAUGUAACAACAACCAGCAAUUUGAGUGCUAUGAAUGAGGGAUUAGCGGCUGCCUUGAUAUCAAAUGAAGUGGACAGUGCAGAGGGUCCAUUACCGUCCAAUUUCAAAUUUGCCGCUAUAUUGACGAUUUUGGGUAUGGUGAUGUUGGAUUUGGACGCUGACACGUGUCAAACACCGGCUCGUACGUACAUGCUGGACGUGUGUAUACCCGAGGAUCAAGCACGUGGGCUCACCACCUUUUCACUGCUGGCAGGAUUCGGUGGCACAAUUGGCUACGCUAUUGGAGGUAUCAACUGGGAAAAAACAAAAUUUGGUGCAGCACUUGGCGGUAAUAUUCCUACAGUUUUCGGAAUGGUUACCGUUAUAUUCAUCAUUUGCUACUUUGUCACCAUUACGACGUUCCGCGAAAUUCCGCUAAACCUGAUUGAGCGUGACGAAAUGUUGAAACCUCUUUCAGCGUCAGCUAUCAAGAAGGAAAUCAGUAAAAAGAACAAUGCCAUCUACUACAUCAAAGAGACUGAUGUGCUGGAGUUACAAAAUGCUACAGCCCAAAAGAAUUACAACACAAUGACUCCAAUGGGGAGCUAUCAGAACGGUAUUUCACCAUCUAAGGAAAUUACAGAUAAAUCAAAAGAGCCAUCUCAAUCAAAUAACAAUAACUCUAUGGCUAUUGAAUUAGAUGAAUGUGUGGAUACGCCCAUAACUUUGGCGAAGUACCUGAAGAGUAUUUUUAUCAUGCCGACUUCAAUGCGCAUACUCGCUUUAACGAAUCUGCUUUGCUGGAUGGGUCAUGUGACAUAUUGUUUGUAUUUCACGGACUUUGUGGGUGAAGCUGUAUUCAAGGGUGAUCCAACUGCUUUGCCCGGCACAGAUGCAGCUCAGUUAUAUGAAGCUGGCGUUCGUUUUGGCUGCUGGGGCAUGUCUGUGUAUGCUCUAUCCUGCUCCAUUUAUUCAAUAGCAGUAACAAAGUUAAGGAAACUGUUAGGCACCAAGGUUGUCUAUAUUACUGGUAUUGUGUAUUAUGGCGUCGGUAUGUUGAUAUUGGCCAUUUGGCCAACCAAGUGGGGUGUAAUCGUAUUCAGUACUUCGGCCGGCAUACUAUACGGCACUAUUUUCACAAUACCAUACAUUUUGGUGGCCAAUUAUCAUGCCAAAGAUUGUUUCCGCAUGCAUAAUGGUGAGACGGUUCCGCUAAAACAGGCGCGUGGUUUGGGCACCGACGUGGCCAUCAUAAGUAGUAUGGUAUUUAUAGCGCAACUGGUAAUCUCUCUGUCCAUAGGUCCAUUGAUUUCCUGGAUGCAGACAACGUGUGCCAUAUUAUAUGCGUCUACAUUUUUAGCAUUUUUCGCAGCAAUAUCAGCCAUGUUUGUCUUAUACGUUUAAGGUUCAAUAUCAUUAUUUCACAGAUUAAAUAACAAAAAUAACUCAUAUCCCAUGAAAUUAUUAACUUAAAAAUAUUUUCUUGUA